CAUGUUGUUGACGGGUUGUAUUCGCGUUGUUCACGCAGGUGCAGUGGGAACGCCCCAUCUUUUGCCUAGCCGGAGAGUAGAUGCAUUUGCCGGGCCCGGCUUGGUGACGGACGAGGCAGAAGGAGAAGCAGGAGAAGCAUAGGCCUAGGCUUAGGCCUAAGCCUACCUGUACUACGUCCGUCUUCCCCUUCUCAUUUUCGAUGGCAUACCCUGACACUGGAAAAGGUGAUGGCACUUCUCUGCUGCUGAAUUCACCAUCCGAUAUUGGAGCGGAACAACAAGGUCAAGGACACAGAAGACCAGGGCAGAUUAACCCGAACAGAAUUAGAAUUUCUGAGUCUGAAACUCAAGUAUUAGCUGAAUGUCGAACUGAAAGUUUCUACUACAGAUCAUUGCCAUUUGCAACAAUUUCUGCAAUAAGUACCCACCAACUCAUACGUUUAGGUUACCUAGCAAGUGGUCGAUAUGGCUCAAUUCCAAAAGUUGCUUUUGCUGUGUUCUUUGGCUAUCUUGCUGGUAAAAUAUCAUAUGUUGAAAAAUGUAAGGAGAAGUUUCUAAAACUUGAAAAUUCAGAAAUUGGAGAAAUGUUAAGGAAGGGCAAAGCCAUUAACCCAGGCACCUUAAGUGGAAUUCCAAGCUCAACGGUGUUGGAUUCAAAAGUAAACGAAGAUGUUGACAGUUAUGAGAUUAAUGCAAGACCUAAUCGUGAUGAUCCGCAUGUUAAUCUUGAUAUUGACACAAGUCAGUUACCCUCAUUAGAUGAUAAGAUGGAUAGACCGGAGUCCCUCUAUCAGUUUGACAAGGACUUAAAUCUAAGUCAACAAGCAAAGCCCAAAGCAAUGACAACAUAUGAACAGUUGCGAAAAAAGAAUCGAGAACAGAAUAGUCAUGGCAAAAUGCAAGAUCAGUUAGAUUCAUCAAAGCAACCUAGAUCCCAGAAACCAGCGUUAUCUGAGAGAGGUGGAUUGGUGGACCAGCCGUUUAUUAACAGCAGAAAAUUUGAGGACACUGGUUUCUCUAAGUCUGUCAAAAAAGGCAAGAUUAAUACCUAUGGAGACUCCUGGGAUGAGUGAGCUUCAAUUUUAAUCCACUGAUUGAUGUUUUGUGUUUUGAUGAUAGCUAUAAACACACACUUCAUAGCAUUAGAUUAGUACUGUAUUGGUAUACUGUACAGCAGCGUUUUCUUAAACUUUUUGACUGACAACCCAAACAGGCAUCCAGGAAAUUUGCUAUGACCCACUUAACAGGACCGGACCAGAUACUCAAAAUGGGCCUUUUAAAAUUGGUAAACAAAACUGAAGGAAAAUGUAUGAUGCUUGGAAUCGCUCUGAUUACUACAGCAAUUUUUAGCAUGAUACAUUUUUGUUUCUUAAUCCUAGUCUUGUGACCCAAAUUGUGGCGACCAAAUUUAUGGUUGCAACCCAUAAAUUGAGAACAGCUGCAUGUACAGUAAUUUUAUUAUUUGAAUUCAUUAGACAUGGGUAAUAGAUAAAGUACUUAUAAGACCAUGAUUUUUUACCAACACUUAAAAUCAGUGUGAUUAUUAUUUGAUAGUCUUCUAACCGUAAUUCAUUGUGAUUCACAUAGAAAUAAUCUUGUGAGCCUGUUCAUUGAAAUUAAACGUUCAUAAUCAAUAUAAAAAAACUGACAAAAAAUAUGGUGCUUUUAAAUUGUAAUUUUGGUGGAAGUAAUAAGCUAAAAAUGAUUAAUAAAUAUAGACAUACUGUCUACCAUACUGAA